AUGGCUUCCGCCCACAACCAUCCCAGCAAUCCCCCAGCAAGCCGCAACAAUCCCGACGUAAUGCCGAUACUUCCACCCGGAUCCUGGGACUCACAUGUGCAUGUUAUCGACGAGGAGCGAUACGCAUUCCACCCAGACCAUCUCUUCCGGCCCAAGAAAGCCAGCAUCGAUGACUUGCUGCGUUUUGAAAAGACAAUAGGAAUCUCCCACGUCUGUGUGGUUCAGGUGUCUGUUUAUAAAACAGACAACAGGCUGCUCAUCGACACCCUCAACGAACUCCGUGGCCGUGGUCGCGGCGUCGUUGUGAUCGAUCCGGAUACCAUCACUAGUGCCGAGCUAGAUGCAUUGCACACCGCUGGUGUCCGUGGAGUCAGGCUCAAUUUAAAGACGGGCGGCCAGACGCCAAAUCGAGACAAUCUCUGUAACCUCUUACAGAAGUAUGCUCGCCUCCUACGACCCCGCAAUUGGGCCCUGCAGCUCUAUCUGAGUCUCCCUCAAUUCAAGCUCAUUGCCGACGAGAUCCCCAAGUUGAGUACCUCCGAAGGCACCAUACCAGUCGUCAUCGACCACCUUGGCCAUCCAGACCAGGAUCGCCCUAUUGUCGAGCAGGAAGGAUAUCGUGAAUUGAUGGACUCCUUGCGUCGUCGCGAGAUCUACAUCAAGCUCAGUGCCACAUAUCGAUUCCCCAGAUUGCCUGAUUUGAACACUUAUGUCAAAGAGGUCAUCCACUCUGCUCCAACCCAAAUAGUCUGGGCCAGUGACUGGCCACAUACUGGCUCUGUCGAGUAUAACCCAGGUGGCGACCGAACGAUUCACCAAAAUUACAGACAAGUAGACGAUGCUGGCUUCGUUAAGCAGUGUUUAGGGUGGUGCAAUGGCAACCAGGACUUGGUCCGCCAGAUCUGGGUGGAAAACCCAAGGCGACUCUGGCAGUACGAGGAACCGAUCCAGCAAAGAUUGAGACUUUAG